AUGGCUAAUUCUGCGAACCGAACGCCGACCGCGCUGCACCCCGCAGCCACCGAAAAGCUUCUUUCGCCCAUUCUAGUCAUCGACUGCCUCGCCAGUACUCAGUCAUACACGCUAGGAGACGUGCGCAAAUACCUGAUGAACGUGCUCAAAUCAGAAGAGGAAGUGAUAAAGAGGGAACAGGAGCUGGCAACGAAGUACAGAAACGAAACGGAGAAGAUGAAGGCGCAGAUCCAAGUGAUACAGAACGAGCCAAUUACCUUCCAGAGUUCCAGGUGCGCGGCCUGCAACAGACCGCUCGAGCUACCGACUGUUCAUUUCUUCUGUCAGCACUCCUUCCAUCAGCACUGUUUCCAGAGCUACUCGGAGACGGAGCGCGAGUGCCCGGCUUGCUCUCAAGGCGGAGCGCGCACUGAACCGCCCCACCGCACCGCCGACACGCUGCAUUCACGCCUCCACAGCGACCACGACCCAUACGCCGUUGUCUCGGAAUAUUUCGGACGCGGUCUAUUUAACAAGCUGACGGUGGUGACGGGCAACUCUCAAGAGAGCCUCGCUACCGCUUCCGCGCCCGCUGCCGCCCCCGCGCCCGUUCCCGCUCCCGCUUCCGCUGUGUCCUCGCAGACGUACGGCCCCGGUGCCGAGGCGAAGUUGCGUUUGCAGGAGGGGCAGAGCAAGCAAGUGUUCGUUCCUAACGCGGCUAAGCAAAUGGCGCCCAAAGGCAGCGCCGUGAUACCGGUGCCCGAAGGUCGGAUGCGGCUGAUGGAACAGCAUCAGUACGCGUCCAGCUUAGAGGCCAACAUGACCAAGCUAGAGCCGAGGGCGCACGCCAGGUCUUCCCCGAUGACCACCAGGAGAGACAUUCAGGAUUCUAAUGGCUCCCCGAAAAUAUCGUCGGCGAUCGCCAACGGUGCGAGCAAGAACCCCUUCGAGGAAGACACUUACGACGAGGCCAAGAACCCAUUCACCGACGAAGACAACAAGGACCCCACCAACCCCUUCGCCGAGGACGACGAUUACGACAAGAACCUCAACCCGUUCUCUUCCUACGAUGGCAACACUCAUGCCGAGUUUGACAAGACUGGCAAA